GCUGCGGCAAUCUUCAUUCUCAUAGGAGCGGGGAGUGGGUGGGCGCGAGCAGGGAAGCAACGGGAUAAGGCCCAGGGAGUGUCUCUGAGGAGCAGCCAUGGCGGACACAGUGCACUAUCUGAUGGAGCAGAUGGUCCCCGAGCUGGAGGACCUGGAGAGGAGGGGCCUCUUCAAGAAGGCGGAGAUCAAGCAGAUUGUAAAGAAGCGUCAAGAUUUUGAGUAUCUGCUCAAGAGACGCCGAGGCCUGAAGGAGGACUACCUCCGCUACAUUGACUCCGAGACAAAGCUAGAAGCGCUGAGGCAACAUAGGAAGAAUCUUCUGCUCAAGCAGCUGCAGGCUGACAACGCGCGCGUGCGCUGGCGGUCCAGCCUGAGCGACCAUGCAAUCACACGGCGCAUCAUGUUCAUCUAUGAGCGCGCCAGCCGCAAGUUCAAGGGGGACCUCGGACUCUGGUUUCACUACCUGGAGUACUGCCGCAGCAAGAGUGGGUCCAGGCAGAUGCAGAAGGUCCUGACAAAAGCCCUCCAGCUGCACCCUGCGCGCCCCGCCCUCUGGAUCUACGCAGCCGCAUGGGAGUUCGAAGCAAACCAGAACGCCGCGGCCGCACGGUCGCUGAUGCAGCGCGGCCUGCGCAUGUGCCCCAAGUCGGGGCAGCUCUGGCUGGAGUACCUCAAGAUGGAGCUCACCUACGCGCAGCGCCUCAAGACCCGUCGUGAGAUCCUUGGGCUUGGAGGGGCUGCAAACCAGUCUGGCAACGGAGGGGAAGCCGCACCGGAAGCAAAGAGGCAGAAGGUAGAAGAAUCCAGGGCAGCAGCUGAAACCUCGAAUGGGGCGUCAGCAAGUCUUGAUCAGCUUGGGUAUAAGGUCGCGGCAGCCACGUUCCAGAACACGAUUGCCAGUGUCCCUGAUAAUCUGGAACUGCGGGUGCGGUUUUUGGAGGUAUUGGAGGGGUUCGACUUUGACGGUUUGGAGCAACUAGAGGAGGAGGUUUAUGCUAGCAUUGAGAGGGACUUUGCGAGCAGCGAAGACGGGCGGGCCUGUUUGGCGCUGCGGUGGGUGAGGGAUCAGCGCAGGGGCCGCGGCAGGGUGGGGGCAUUGACCCCGUCAGAAGCGCGAGGGAAGACGGCAGAGACGUUUCGAGAAGCUCUCGAGGCGCAAGCAACGCCCAGAAUGGCAGAGUUGUAUGCUGCCUUUCUGGAUGACUGCAUACAAGAGCUGAGCGCAGAUGGGGCGGGAACUUCGAAAGGCAAAGGCGGGAUUGGGAGUGUUUCAGAUGCAGUCGACUUGCUACUCAAACACCUAGCUGUGUGUAGAGAGAGGGGCCUGGCGUCGGAGCCAAUGACGGAGCGCCACGUGGCACUGCUGCUGCAGCGGGGUGAUCGAGCAGCCGCCUUGGAAACCGCGGCUGCUUACUGCGAGGGAGGGUUCGAGGGGUCUGCGCGGAUGUGGGUGCUCAGGCUGGGGCUGGAAACAUCGAGGAGCGGGGGAAAGGGAGAGGACAAAGAGGAGCGGUUGGACGCGCUGUUUGAGAGGGGGCUCAGAGCGGUGCCGCUCAGCGAGGUGACGCCCGUCUGGAGCCUGGCUGCCGAGCGUGCCUCUUUGCGAACUGCUUCUGCGGACCGUCUCCUCGUUGCUGCUGAGGCACGGGUGCAGAGCGGCACUGGCUCCGACGGGAAGGGCCUCGCGUGUGCGCUCGUCGACUGGACCCUGCUCAACAAAGGGCUGCCAGCCGCACGCAGACUCUACUCCAGGCUGCUGGCUCUCCCCGGGCCCGGCCUCGCCCUUUACAAAAAGUGCAUCCAGCUCGAGAGCCUGGCGUGCAUCAACGGCGCGGCAGCUAGCAUGGCGGCGAUUCGGCCGCUGUUCGAGGCGGCGUUGGAGGUGCAUAGUCAGGCCUGGGAGCUGUGGCUCGAGUACUGCAAACAGGAGAUGCAGAGCGGGCAGACUCAGAAAGCUGCAGCACUUCACUGGAGGGCCAAAAAAGCUCUACACGACCCGUCACCAUUUCUAGACGGCUAUAAGGACAUUGCAUAAGCAUCAUCUGUAAGCCUAGUCGGUUGAGGACGUUGAGAUGUGACUGCGGACCAAGAAAGAUGUAGUGAGGCUGCAGAUUUUUGGACAAUGCACUUCUACAAGAAGCUAGCAAUGGUCGACAAAGAAGGUCUGAGUGUUUGAUGUGCAACGUUACUCUUGAGACGAAAUACCGUUCUUAACAAAGUUCCUUUGGUCAUGACUGAUUGCAAUCGAUUGAAUAUGGACU